AGAGAGAGAGAGAGACCAUCCCGAAAACGGUUAUCCACCGCCUCAGGUGCAGGAGGUGCAGCAGGAGGAGGAAGACAAGCCUGUAUCAUUUAUCCGAUCCGUGGUGACUUGCGCAAAGACGGUUUACGCGCGGAGCGAAAAGCGACGCGACGAAGGGGAGGGGGGAAGAAUUGCGAGCAGCGAUAAUCGGUGGCACGCAUGGUGGGAGUGAAACCGUUCGCGGAAUCGGCGGCGAAGGGCUCGCUCGAGAAAAACAGGUGCACAGGCGUGCGUCACGGAGCUCGCGUUUCUCCGCUCCGCAAUACCGAGCGAAAUCGAGCGAUCUCUCCCCUGUGUGGACAAGGCACGCCAGCGGUAGGCCAGUGCGGUGCGCGCGAUCCAACAGCUGUGGCCGAGAGUGACCGCACGAGAGAAUGUCGAGCGUGAGUGUACGCGAGUGUAGGUAGGCAGGCGAGAAUCUCGCGUACAUGCGAAUGCCCGGAGGGGAAUCAAUCCCGUGCGCGUUGUCGGUGUCGGAGACGUUGUUGGCGGCGAAACGUACGCGAGGCGAGGCGCCAGGCGAGAUACCGCGACCGACUUUCCGCAGGCUCGCGAGGAGACGGCCGCGAAAGCUCUGAAGUCUGCCGAAGUGCGCGAGAGAGAUUAAUCGAGGAGAGCGCUUUUCCGAUACAAGGCUGACCGACUGGCUCGGAGCGUGUUGGCUCGAAAGGAGAACGUCAACGGGAACGUGGCGGAGUAAACGGAAGCAGGGAGGUCGAGCGUGCGUCGUAUGCUGCGUCGUGCGGAGAGGAGCUCGCGAAUGGAGGCACGGCAGAUUGACAUAUGAAUGGUGUCGCGAUCACAAGGACACACGCGCUCGUGAACUUGGACAAGAUGUCAACGACCACCGAUAUUAGUGAUCAGAGUUUGGUGGAAGAGACCAAGGAAGGGACGCCAAUCUUCCUGCAGACCCGCGCGGCUCAGUGUAUCGCAGGUGUAUUCGUAUGGGUGGCACUUUUUCUUACUUGCCAACAGAUCUAUCAACAUUUGAGGUGGUAUACAAAUCCAACGGAACAGAGAUGGAUAGUGCGAAUUCUCUUCAUCGUGCCCAUCUAUGCCACAUAUUCUUGGAUCUCACUGUUGUUCUUCAACAGCGAGAGCUACUAUGUUUAUUUUUUCACAGUGCGGGACUGUUACGAAGCGUUUGUUAUAUAUAACUUUCUGUCACUAUGCUACGAGUACCUAGGCGGUGAGGGCAACAUUAUGUCCGAAAUCAGGGGAAAACCCAUACGUUCGAGUUGCCUUUAUGGAACUUGUUGCUUAGUUGGAAAGACGUAUACCAUCGGCUUUCUGAGAUUCUGCAAGCAAGCUACUUUGCAGUUCUGCUUAGUUAAACCAGUGAUGGCGUUUGUCAUCAUAUUUCUGCAAGCCUUCGGCCACUACAGAGAUGGAGAUUGGUCACCCGAUGGCGGUUACAUCUACAUCACUGUAAUUUAUAACAUCAGCGUGUCACUUGCACUUUAUGGGCUGUUUUUGUUUUAUUUCGCUACGAGAGACCUGUUGACACCGUUCGAGCCUGUACUGAAAUUUUGUACAGUGAAGAGCGUGAUUUUCCUGUCAUUUUGGCAAGGAGUUCUACUAGCUAUUUUGGAAAAGGCGAACGUCAUUUCACCCGUUAUAAAUAGUUUGGGCCAAUCGACAAGCGCAGGAACAGUUUCUGCUGGUUAUCAAAAUUUCCUGAUUUGCAUCGAGAUGUUAUUUGCUGCUAUAGCUUUACGGUACGCUUUUCCAUACCAAGUAUACUCAGCCGGCUGUGUUACGGACUCGAGAGGUAGAAGUGUGACGAUGCAAAGUAUCAGUAGUAGUUUAAAAGAGACAAUGAAUCCAAAAGAUAUUAUGACUGAUGCCAUCCAUAAUUUCCAUCCACAAUACCAACAGUAUACGCAGUAUAGCGCUGACGUUAAUACCAACUUGCCGUACGAAAAGCUAUGACACAGUGAGGCGUCGGUUUUUUAAUUUCAAGAAAUUGGACAUCGAGCUUAGCGCGACUAAAAAAUGAGGAUCGAAAGAUAUACGACACAGCACUACAUUUUGCUUACGGGGAUUACUCAAUGCCUUAAAAAAAAAAAAAAAGAAAAAAAAAUCGCUAUCUAUCCGCAGGGGUUUGAUAAAUGAAUUCUCUGCUAAGGUUACAAAAUAAGAGUUGUACUUAAAUCGUCGUCGAUACAUAUAUAUAUAUAUAUAUAUACGUAUUAUAUAUAUAUAUAUAUAUAUAUAUAUAUAUAUAUAUACACACAAUUUCAUCCACUUUUGCGAUUAACAAACUUUGCUGUAUAAUAGAAGUUAAGCAUUUAACAUAAGACAGGCAUUUAGGGGGAGAGCAUAAACAAGCAGGAAAGAGAGGAAACGAGUGGUGUACUUCUAUUGCUCUAUAAUAAAUGUAAAAGAUCAUUAGAUAUUGGUUGAUGUAUCGUUCUUCUCGUCGUUUUUUUUUUCUUUUACUUUUCUUAUUUUCCGUUUCUAACACACGCAGUCUCACCAAUGGGUUUGACGUUAUGAAACAUUUAGACUUAAAUCGUUAAAUUAAUUUUAUCGCUUUUAUAUCAUGGUGUUAUGUAGCAUGCGAAUAUACGGUGUGAAACGAUUCAAGCAUGUAAGCACAUUAUUGUGUCCUCUUUCCCAACAGUAAAGCAUACACUGAGAGUGGCAAAGUUAUCACGACCCCUUUAGCUGCUUGCGGUUAUUUUAUUUCCUACUUACAUAAUCUGCAUGAUGACGUUUGUAUCGCGGCUACGUCGCAUUGAUAUAUAUUUUUUUUUAUUCUCGCACUUACAUAUCACUCGUAUAGUAUAAAAAUGUUGAACUUUGUUGCUCCGAUCGUCUCUCGCGCGGCUUUUCCAUCGCUAUCUGUCUAUGCGAUUUUUGCGUGCGUUUACUCGUCACCGAUUAGAACCGGUAUAAUUUUGUCAUACUCCGAACUUGUGGUGACAUUUUUUUCCUUCACGUUCACUUGUGAAUGGAUAAAACGCCACGAAUUUGGCGCAAUUUCUUCAUUCUACCUGCUACACACAUGUAGCAUCCGAAAUUGAAUUCGUCGAAAUUAUGUCGGUCUCGAUCUCCCGAUCCCACGAGCGUAAUUCCGGAGCAAGAACGUUUGAGAUGUAAAUGUGACAUUUCGACGGGCGUAUCCGUUCUCCGGAUCUCAUCGGAAUCUCACAAUACGAAACCAUGCAAAUGAAAUGAACACGCGUGUGGAACACGGUUGUGUGCAGUUUGCACUCGCGCGUAAAACGGUCGUCCGAUUUCCAUUGUAUUGGCCGAUCGACGCCUCCUUUAUUGUUUGCCUCCCGUAGCAUAUGCUUGCCACGCUGUAAUAUUAUGUAACGUGAUAUAACGAUUAGGAGGCCCGAAAGGACAACGUGGUAUGCGAGUAUCCAGCUUCGAUCCGGAUGAUCCGCAAAACAUGCCGGUACCACCACCGCAAAGGCGAAACACCUCUCACCAGCGUGUCGCCACGAUUUCGCAAAACUAUAACGAGAAAACGAUGUUACUAAGCAGCGACGACGAAUUUCAAUAAGACGCACACGGUACACGUACAUGGAUCUGUAAACACACACAUACACUCACACACAAACACAACCUGUUCAAAGAGUGCGAUUUAAAUUUGAGAAAUAUAUAUCGACAAACAUUGAUAUUAUAACGCGAGACUUCCAUGAACUCCUCGAGAUUUGCUUUCGAUGAAGAAAAAAGAAAAGAAAAAAGAUACCUUUAUCAUAAGCGAUCGCGCGAUGCGAAUUUAAUUAUUAGGUAGGAACACGACUCGCUCACGGGAUACAAAUAACAGAUUUAGAGAGAGAGAGAAAGAGAGAGAGAGAGAGAGAGAUAAAAAGAAAAACAGGAACAGGAGAGGAAGAAAAGAAAAUAUAUCGCGCUCACACGCGUGGCAUAAGCGUGCGUUACAUCGCGCUGUAAUAGUUCCAUAAUGUUACAUCCAUGUUAAUAUAUGUAUUAUGUUAUAACAUACGAGUAUAGUAUAGAAGAUAUUUAUUUUAAUAUGCUGACGCGCGCGCGCGUGUGUUUGAGGCAGUGUUAUUUAUAUAUAUCUGUGGCUCUACUACGACACUGUAAGGGGUGUUUAACCGCACGAUAAAGCUUACACUUCGUGGAUAAGUAAAUAUAAUUGUAUAGUACUUAAUUUUUAACGGAAACGCGUUUCUCGGCGUCGCCCGUCAGUUCUUUCGUUCCGAUAAGUAAAAUCUGUCUCGCGUCGACGUUUAUUUACACUUUUGUAUUUUGUUUUUACUUAACUCAUUAACUCUCUCGCGACGUCGCGUCUGUCUCUCUAUAGGGACUUGAGCCACAUAAAAAAAAAGAAAAAGAGAACAAGAAUCUUUGCGUCCUUCUCUACAGUCCUAUUACGAAAUUAUUCGUUUCUUAGUCUUACAAAAUUCGUACGUGUAUAUAUAUCAUUGAAUUAUAUCUAAAAAAUAAAAAAAAGGGAAGAUAAAGAUUGACAGAUAUUCUCUCUCGAAGUAUCUGUCACGCCGAUGGGAGCCUUUGAAUAUAAAAGAGAAGAAAAGAAAGGAUAUAUAACAAAUAUACACUAGCAAGAAAGUGCAAAAACAAUUGAUGAGUAUUGUGUCAGAUAUGAAUAAAUAUUUGGUAUUUGGUGUCUCAUGUGUACAACUGUGUAUAUCCUUGUAUUUUUUUUAAAGCGUAACAAGGAUAUAAGGAGGAAAAAAGAGAGAGAGAGAGAGAGAGAGAGAGAGAGAGAAAGGAAGAGAAAGAGAAGUUAACGAGCAACGUUCUAUUUUAUAAUGAAGCAUGCCGUGCUCGCGGUUAUUUCGCCACUGUUUAAAAACAAAAGCAGAAGACAGGGAACACACAUAAACCGGUGAACAGUUUUAUUGUCCUAUUUAUUACAUCAUCGUAAUAAAGAUAAGACAACAAUUAA